AUGCUAGUCGCGCUCGCGCCUAUCACACUAAAAGAUGGUACGCACAUCCCCGCCGGCUCCCGCAUCUCCUGGGCCGCGCACCACCACCGGAACGACCCAACCGUGACCCCCGAACCGGCGCGCUUCGACCCUCUGCGCAGCUACCGGAAGCGCCACGCGUCCCCCGACAACAUGAACAAGCACCUCGCGGGGCAGACCAGCACCGACAACCUCUCGUUUGGCCGCGGGAAGCUAGCGUGCCCGGGGCGGGCGUUUUCCGUGGGCGAGAUCAAACGCAUCCUCGCCCGGCUGGUCGAGCAGUUCGCGUUCAAGUUCCCGGAGGGCAAGGCGAGGCCAAAGAACUUGUAUGCGGAUGAGAAUGUGUUUCCGGAUCCGGGGGGGAGGUUAUGGUGA